CGGGCGGAAGUGAUGCGGCUUGUGCGCCUCGGUCGUCUAAUCCGUUCGGAUGACGCGCCGGGUUCGUGGGUGAGGUCACGGUGGCGUGAAGCGAGCCGUCCGUCGGUGUCAGGCUCGGAUCCGCGGCUCGGGGCGGGAUGGACGCGUCCAGGAGGAGCGAGAGCGACUGGCAGGCGCUGCUCAACGAGUUCGUCAUUUGCAAACGUAAGCUGGAGAGCAAGAAAGAAGCUCUGCUGAUUUUGUCGAAGGAGCUGGACACGUGUCAGCAGGAGCGGGAUCAGUACAAACUCAUGGCGAAUCAACUGCGUGAGCGACACCAAGGGCUGAAGAAGAAGUACCGAGAGCUCAUUGAUGGCGACCUGUGUCUUCCUCCUGAAAAAAGGAAUCAAGUGAAUUUGUCUCAGCUACUGAGAGACUCCAGAGAAAGAAGUCAUGAACUUUCCGAGGAGGUGAAGGAGCUGAAACAGCGGCUGCUGGAAGCUCAGGGUGAUAACAAGCUUCUGAGGAUGACCAUCACUAAACAGCGUCUGGGAGACGAGGAGGUGGGAGCGCGGCACUUUCCUGCACACGAGCGAGAAGAUCUGGUCAAACAGCUGGAACGAGCGAGAGUGCAAACGCAUUUAAUUAACCAGGUGCUGGACCACAGCGUGAUGUCGCUCACGGACGAGCUGCAGGACGUCCGCGCGGAGCGGGACGUGUUCCAGCAGAAGGCCCAUCGGCUCAACGUGGAGAUGAACCGCGUCGCGGGGGGCGAGCGCGCGAGGCUGUUGGACAUCGACGCGCUGUGCAUGGAGAACCGGUACCUGCACGAGCGAUUCAGCCAACUUCAGGAGGAGGUGAACUUGCUCAAAGCCAACCUGGUGAAGUACAAGAGCGCCCUGGAGUGCAGGAGGAACUCCAGAACGAGCGGGAAGCCCAACAGCAGCGCUCUGACUGGGGUGCUUUCAGCCAAACACGUGAAGGAACUGCUUCUGUCCGAGGAGAACGGCUGCAGCCUCCCGGUGACUCCUCAGUCCAUCUCCGACCUCAAGUCUCUGGCCACGGCUCUGUUGGAGACGAUCCACGAGAAGAACAUGGUGAUUCAGCACCAGCGCCAGAUCAACAAGAUUCUUGGAAAUCGAGUCGCAGACCUGGAGAAGAAGCUAAAAACAUUAGAGAAGUCCGGAUUAUGGAGCCUGCCAGGCCUGACUUAUAAUGUGUCUCUGGGAAUAUAUGGGAGAACAACCAGCAGCAUCCUGAGCUCAGAACAGGCUGAGUCACCAGAUGUUCCUGGAGAGGAAGGUCGACCCGCUGAGAUGCAGCGCUCCCCGGAGGUUUCAUGCGGGGACGGUGAAACGCCGGCUUCGCCGAAGGAGCCAGAUGUGCCGUCCGGCGCGGAACCCGCACAGCCGUCAGCAGACGCGGAACCAGCGGGUCCUCGGACAAACGCAGCCCGUGUCACCGCUUCAGAGGACUGUCUGAGUCAGACGCCCCCCACGGUGACACAUGUGGCCGCCCUGCGCCUGACGGACCGCUGCCACUCGCGCCAGACUUCAGAGAGCUUGGGUCCGAACGAAGGAGGGCAGAAUGAGUCUGAUGAAGCAGCUGAGACGGAGACCGUUGGAACGGAGGAAAAGCAGCAGGAGCUCGUUCAGCCAAACCAACACACAGAACCUUUACAUGAUACAGAUGUGUGUGUUGGAAAGGAUGUCUGAAGUCUUCCAUCAGAAGAAAGAGUAUUCAGUACUGUCAAAAUACUUGUAAUACUCCAAUACCAAUAUUUAUAGUAAUGUUUAUUUUUGUGAAGAACCAAGAGCAGAGAGAUGCUUCUGCACUGGUGUGAUUAACAGACCGCUGCUGUGUCCGAGUCAUUUCAUAUUCUGUUUCAUGUCCAGGUCAUGAUUAGGAAUCAGCACAUAGUUCAAAUGUAACAUAUGUUUUGUAUCGGAGGCAGAAAGGAGAGGAACUGUGAUAAAAGCAGCGAACAAGGGCUGCAGACUGUGGCUGACAGGUCUCGAUUGUUCUAGGUUUUAUUAUUAUUAUGUCAUUUCACUUUGACUUGGACUAAGUUGUGUUAAUGCUUCACAAAGACACUGAUGUAGCUUUUUACAUGGAAAACGUGGUAAAAUAAAGGGAAAAAACGACACAAUUAUUUCAAAAAUAUCUUCUCGCUUUCUAACUCAAAGUCAAAGAAACCCUUGUAGCGUCCACAAAUCCACAUUCCACAUAUUGGACGAGGUGAUGUAUUAAAACAUGUUUACUGGCGAGACCCUCUGCUCUCACUGUCCCCCAUGAUACGGAGAACAAGGAUGCUCUUCUCCUACAACAGGACUGUUGCUUAAAACAACAUCACAACAACAAAUAAAAAAGGGGGAAAACUCUCAUUUAGAGUUCUGAAGUUCUGAAUUGGACACAUUCGAACCUUCAGGUGUCGUGAAACUGACACCGUUGUAUUUAGUAAACGAUUUGCUUUAAUUUGAUGUGACUUUGAAAACUGUAUGAUGAAGUUAGGGAUUUCCAGAUUUACCACUUUCUCUUACUUAAAAAGUUGAAUUAAAGUUGUUGUGUUUUUAUGCA